CAAGGAAUGGCAUCAGAAAAUGUCUGUUCUGUGAAGGAGUUUAUCCUGCUGGGAUUGACACAGAAGCCAGAGCUCCAGAUACCUCUCUUCUUCCUCUUCUUGGGAAUCUAUGUGGUCUCCAUGGUGGGGAACCUUGGCAUGAUUGUUCUGAUUAUUUUGAACCCUCACCUGCACACACCCAUGUACUACUUUCUCUUCAACCUUUCCUUCACAGAUCUCUGUUACUCAUCUGUCAUAACUCCCAAAAUGCUGGUGAGUUUUGUGAAGCAGAACACCAUCUCCCAUGCAGAAUGCAUGACUCAGCUCUUCUUCUUUGCCUUCUUUGUUAUAGAUGAAUGUUAUAUUUUGACAGCCAUGGCCUAUGACAGAUAUGCUGCCAUCUGUAAGCCCUUGCUCUAUCAGGUCACCAUGUCCUAUCAGGUCUGCCACUUAAUGACGUUUGGUGUGUAUGUGAUGGGGUUUGUGGGUUCAAUGGCCCACAUAGUUUGCAUGCUAAAUCUGAGCUUCUGUGAUGGCAACAUCAUCAAUCACUACAUGUGUGAUAUACCUCCUCUCCUGAAGCUCUCCUGCACAAGUACCUACAUCAAUGAGCUGGUGGUUUUCAUUGUUGUGGGUGUCAAUGUAACAGUGCCCAGCCUGACUAUCUUUAUUUCUUACACCUUGAUUCUUUCCAACAUCCUUGGCAUUCGUUGGCUGGUAGGAAGAGAUCUUCCUGAGGAGGCUGUUGGUGACCUGAAAAAAGGUCUCAUUGCUGAUGCCACUUAUGAAAUUGAACUUGGAGAUAAACAGAUGGUUCCUGGCUAG